UAUUUUACAUUAUUAUAAUUACAUUUUGUUGACUAGAUUAGAUUUGUAAUUGUCCCCAUGCUGGCUGCAAUGUGGUCAUGUAUUACGAACUUUUUCACGUACGAAACCACCAAAUCUGUGGUGGUCAAAAGCUGGACCAUUGGAAUCAUUAACCGAGUGGUACAACUGCUAAUUAUCACCUAUUUUGUCGGGUGGGUGUUCCUUCAUGAAAAGGCCUAUCAGUCCAGAGAUACGGCCAUCGAGUCCUCAGUCAUGACCAAAGUCAAAGGCUUUGGAAUCUACAAUGGCAGAGUGAUGGACGUGGCCGACUACGUAGCCCCCACACAGGGAGCUUCAGUCUUCUGCAUCAUCACCAAAAUGAUAACCACAGAAAACCAAUUCCAAGGAUUUUGCCCAGAGAGUGAAAAAAAAUACAUUUGCGAAACAGAUAGUCACUGCAAAGCUGGGAAAAUUGGGGGCAAUGGAAUCCUGACAGGAAAAUGUGUCAUGUGGAAAGGUGGCAAUAAAACAUGUGAGAUCCAGGGCUGGUGUCCGGCCGAAGUGGACACCAUCAAAACCAUACCAAUGCCAGAGGUGGAGAACUUCACUAUUUUCAUCAAGAACAGCAUUCGCUUCCCAAAAUUCAACUACACAAAAGGCAACUUCCUUCCAACCAUUACACAAGACUACAUCAAAACUUGUAAUUACGACAUGGUGAACAACACAUACUGCCCCAUUUUUCGAGUCGGGGACGUGAUUCGGUACGCACAACAAAACUUCUCCGCUCUCGCAAGUCAGGGUGGAGUGAUUGGGAUAAAAAUCGGUUGGGUGUGUGACCUGGACAAGUCUGAUAACAAAUGUAACCCCGAAUACUCCUUCACUCGACUGGACGCCAUGUCACAGAAGACCGUCGUUUCGCCAGGAUACAACUUCAGGUUUGCCAAGUACUAUAAGACAGACAAUGGCACUGACUAUCGGACUCUCAUCAAAGCCUACGCCAUUCGGUUUGAUGUGCUGGUCAAUGGAAAUGCAGGGAAGUUUGACAUGAUCCCCACACUAAUCAACAUGGUGGCUGCCUUCACCUCAGUGGGAGUGGGUACUGUGCUGUGUGAUAUUAUUCUACUUAACUUCCUGAAAGGAGCAGAGCAAUACAAAGCCAAGAAGUUUGAGGAGGUAUCAGAUGAUGCGGUGCAUGACUCCCACAGUAACGGUCUGUGCCGCUCACAGCUUUCCCUCCGGAACACCGACAUCCUCAUGAAAUCCAGUGACUCCGGGGCCUUUUCCAUCGAGCACUACACAUGAGAGACACCGCCUGUAGUGUUAUAUCUGUACACUUAUUUUAGAGACAAACUAUAUAUGACUGUUGUAUGAUUAUAUCUAAACCGCAUGAACACAUUUGCAUGGUAGUAAAUCAAAAACUAACAAAAAUAAGAAAAGAGAAUCUAUAGGAAAACUUUUUUUUUAAAUUAAAUGUAAAAACAUGAAGGAAGUCAAGAAGUUGAGCGUAUGUUACUGUACUAAUCAGGUUAGAAUAAGCAUAACCACAAUCUUGUAGAAAUGACUAAACUGUAGUUAUAUACUACUACACACUGAGUUUAUGAUAUCAGAUAUGUUAAAUGCAUUUAGACUAAUAAAAGUCUCAAAAAGACAG